AUGGGCUGUACUCAUAGUGCUAACGACAAACAAGCGAAGGAUAGAAGCAGGCAAAUUGACGAACAGUUGAAAACGGACCAUGAACGUUCACAAAGGGAGGUUAAACUCUUACUUCUGGGCGCUGGUGAAUCUGGGAAAAGUACAAUUGUAAAACAAAUGAAGAUUAUUCACGAGACGGGAUAUAGUGACGAUGAACGCAUUGCCUAUCGGCCUGUGGUUUAUUCGAACACUAUCCAGUCUUUGGUUGCAAUUGUAAAGGCAAUGGGCCGUUUAGGAAUUGAAUUUGCCAACCCCUCUCGGAAGGCCGACGUUGAAUCGUUUUAUCAUUUGGCAGAGACUUCAGAGGAUGGAGGACUGCCGCCCGACUUAGCAGCUGUAAUGAAACGUUUAUGGGAAGAUGUUUCUGUCCAGGAAUGUUUUGCACGUUCCCGUGAAUACCAGCUCAAUGACUCUGCCUCUUAUUACUUGAAUUCUUUGGACAGGAUUGCAGCUCAUGGAUAUUUGCCUACACAAGAUGACGUUUUAAGAACACGCGUGAAAACAACUGGAAUUGUUGAAACGCAUUUCACUUACAAGGACCUUUACUUCAAGUUUGAUAUUUUUUCUAUUUGUGAUAAAAUGUUUGAUGUCGGCGGGCAACGUAGUGAAAGGAAAAAGUGGAUUCAUUGCUUUGAAGGAGUCACCGCGAUUAUUUUCUGUGUGGCAUUGUCUGAAUAUGACAUGGCUUUGGCAGAAGAUGAAGAAAUGAAUCGAAUGAUUGAGAGUAUGAAGCUUUUUGACUCCAUUUGCAACAAUAAAUGGUUUUUGAAUACGUCUAUAAUUCUUUUCCUAAACAAGAAAGAUCUUUUUGAGGAAAAAAUUAGUCGGUCACCAUUGACUUUGUGUUUUGCUGAGUAUACAGGCUCAAAUACUUAUGAAGAAUCAGCCGCCUAUAUUCAAUUGCAAUUCGAGUCGUUAAAUAAACGAAAGGAUGGCCAAAAGGAAAUUUACACUCAUUUCACUUGUGCCACAGAUACGAAUAAUAUUCGGUAUGUUUUUUAUAAUAUUUUUAAGCUUAGUUUUCUAAUUUCCGUUUCUGCUUUUAUUUUUGCUUUCGUUUAUUUUUUCUUAUUUAUUUCAAGUUUUCUAAAAAUAAGUUUUUUUUUUGAAUGGGUACCGUUAAUUAAUUUCCGUUUCUGA